AUGGAACAACAACUUGCUGAACGUGAGCUUGUUCGAGUGUUGUCACGAAGAGAACGAGCAAUAGCUGCACAACAGGAACCGCGAGAAAGGAGGUCUUCAGAGAAAAAAUCAUAUCCACGUAACUGCUACUUUUCGCCAAUACAAUGCCUAUUUACGCGUUCAUGA